CAUAUGUCAGCUGAAGCGACUGGAAAACUAGCUUAAUGUGAAAGUGAGAGAAGUUUCAAAAUUCAGAUUAUCUGCAUGAGUUUUGAUCGGCAACGCUGGACGAACCACCAUUGCUGACUACUGAAAUGGAGACAAGUAAUUGACAACGGUGGCGAAAAGUUACGUUGACCCAUCUCCGGUUUGGUCUUUAUACGAGGCUUCAACUCUGCCCUCGCCUCGGCUAACUAGGACAACCUGUUCUUGUUCGAUUUCACCAUGGACGCGGUUAUUAAAUUCACAAGUCAGAGCCAAGGGAGAGACCGUAUAUUUAGAGCAGCCCAGUAUGCAUGUGCACUGUCGGUAUAUGUACUCCGAAACAACACAGGAAGAAAGGAGCUUGUGGCAAAACUUAAAGGUCUGGAAGCCAACGUGAGUGCCGGACGAAAAUUGCUCAGGCUGGGAAACACACUAAAUUCCAUUGAGGCUGCUAAGCGAACCAUGCAACUCUCUGACCGAGUGCUGUGCCUGUGCCUCACUGCGGCCAACAUCAACCGCGCCCUCUACUUUAUCUGUGACAAUGUACUUUGGGCCAGAAGUGUCGGUCUUAUCCGUGAUAUCGACAAGGAACGUUGGAGCCUAAACGCCUCUCGCUGCUACUUCUUCUCGCUAGUUAUGAAUCUGACCAGAGACGUUUAUGUAGUCCUCCAUUUAAUGAUGCAGAGAGCACGAGAUAAGCAAUUUAGGCAGAAAAUGGAUCGGUAUCUCAGUGAGAGUCCUGAAGUGGCUGAAGCUGUCAUUCCUCAGUUGGAUGCUUUGCUCUUUCUGCUGCUGGAGAGUCUAAAAUCACAUCCAGCUGUUGCCUUGGAUACAUUGAAAAACAUUUGUGAUCUCUUCAUUCCCUUAGACAGAUUGGGUAUUUAUCAGUCAAAUGCAGGAGUGGUUGGAUUUUGUGGUCUAAUCUCCUCACUGAUUGGGAUUGUAACCCUUGCACAGCCCAAGUUAAGAAUCAAACCAUGAUAACAAAGGUGGAGAUAAACCUUACUGACUAACUGCAGAUCAAAAGGUUAAUUUUGACAGGUGCUGAAAAGGCUUCAGUGUCAUCUAGCUGGAGCUGUCAUAGUGGACUAAGGUUAGGCACCACACCACAGGCACAUUUUGUAGUGUUCAUGCUAGAAUGGCAUUCAUGUUUAAUGCCAGCAAUAACUGAAAAUCUUGCAACUUUUUGAUUGAGUUUAAAACACUGAUUUAAAAGGGAACAAAUCAAGUUUAUAUAGUAUCCUUGUUUAUUUAUUAUGUUUUAAUUUAAAAGAGCCAAGGCUAAACCUUUGCGCAUUCCUGUCCUCUCCAACACCACAAAUAAAACCAGCAGUUUUGUAACUACAGUACUUUUUUGGAUUAAAAAAAAACAUCUUUUUCAGCUAUCUUUUCUAAAAACUAUGGUGUUAAUCUGAGUGGCAUUGUCGCAUUAAGUCCAGUUUCUUUCUCUGCUCUCUGUGUUGUGAUAAAAUGCUGCUGAAAGUUUUACCUUCUUCAUUCAAGUGAAGAAUAAGCUGCUUCUCAGCCAAAAGUGCUUCAAGAGGGGAUAAAGCAGCCAAGAGAUUUAAAAGAAUUAUCUCAAUUAUUAUUUAUUUUUCACUCUACCAUUCAGGGCAUGGCCAUGACUUUGGCCGUCAAAAGAUUAUACUGUUUGCUAACUUAAAGAAAAGUGCAAAGAAAUGACUUGAGUACAAAAAAAGGAAAAUGAAAAUCUUUUUCUAUUUUAAGAAAAAUUUUAAGAGCAAAGACGCCUUAAACAAUGCGCCUACAAGUACAUAUAUACCUUCUAGGAAUUGUAUGCAUGUGUAUUUGUUUUUGUGUCUUUGUGACACAGACAAAAUCUGUACAAGGAUGAAUUAUUGCAUCUUCCUCUUCUAACCUCAAAGCUGUGGUCGCAUGUGACGUUUAUCAUCACAUGUAAUAGUGUGAUCCAGUUCAGAUGACUAAACAUCUUCACUGUCACAUUGAUUGAAAGAUUAAUAAAACACAAAAUAGUAAACAUAAAAAGGAUUUAAAUGUGUGCUUUUUAAAAACUACGUUUGUGUUUCAAGGCUGUGAAUAAUCAUCCAGUGUCUUGAAUAGUGCUCCCUGAAAAACAUUUGUGGUUCAGUAUAGAAAUAGAGUAACACUGCCCUCUUGGGGAAGCAUGACACCAUGCUGAAUUGUAAAGAGCUUUAAUUUUUCAAUUUUACUGAGACAAUAAAACAUUUUUUUUUCUGAAAGCUUUUCUCAGGAAGAUGACCUUGUGAUAAAGCAUCCUCCAUCAAAAAUUGCAAAAAUAUAUUCCAUUUCCCUUUCACCAUACCUUUGCUGUGAAAAGAACAAACAGACUAUGCAAAGAAGAAUCCCAUAAAAGAACAAACACAUACAAAGCAAUAAAUAAAGAAAUUUGUUCUCCUAGGUGGAUCAAUCGCAGCAAUUUAUAAUUGACAAAAUGUUUAAUUUCACAUUUCCAUGGAGGCAUUGUUUUUCCAGUACCAACAAACCAAUUAAACUGUAUGAAAUAUGUGUGAACCAUUUCCUGGGUUGAAAGUAUAAAUUAAAACAAAAUCCAAGCCAUUCUUUCAAAUAUACACUUAUGCAAAUAGCUAACAUUAGAUGCAGUUCAAUUGGUGUCCUGGAAAACCUUGCAUUUUUAAAAUGCUAAAUUGACUGGAAAAAUGUUCUGCUUAAAUAAGAUGUCAGUGCCAAUACACUUUAUAUGUUUGACAAGGCAUUUGAAAUCAACUGAAUCCUAAAAUGAUGAACAAAGCACUUUGAACAGUGUGAAACUAUGCAUGUGUAAAUACUGCUGGGCCAAGUUUUUUUUUUUUUUUUUUUUCCUUUCCAGAAUACCAAUGACAGUUACAGGCAGAGUGGCUCUGCUUUCUGAAUAAAAAGGCACCUUCAGUAGUUAGCUCCUGCAACAGUAAA